GUCCUUAAUAGUUAGAUAAGAAUUCAAAGGGCUGUUUGGUAAGUUUAGAAAAAAAAAUGGAGAGAAGAAAAUAGAAAGCAGAGACAGAAGACCAAGAAGAAACGGAAGAAAAUAAAUAUAAGGAAAGCAAAAGAGGGGUAAAAUGGAGGGAGAAGUGGAAUCACAUGCGCAUUAGUUCACUGUCGUUCUCCUGGAUCCUCGUUUAGCUUAGCUUGUUCUAUUUCUUGUUCAUCAUCAUCAUCAUAUACCUUUUUUUUCGUCAUGGCUGACGAUAAGCAGGAAAUCUCGGCCCCUGUUGUUGAUGUCAACGAUCCAGUCACUGGUCACGUCAUUUCCACCACGAUUGGAGGCAAAAAUGGAGAGCCUAAACAGACCAUCAGUUAUAUGGCAGAGCGCGUAGUCGGCACCGGAUCUUUUGGGAUUGUUUUCCAGGCAAAAUGCUUGGAAACGGGAGAGACUGUGGCUAUAAAAAAGGUUCUGCAAGACAGAAGAUACAAAAAUCGUGAACUGCAGUUGAUGCGUGUGCUGGAUCAUCCAAAUGUGAUUUCCUUGAAGCAUUGUUUCUUUUCCACGACAACUAAAAAUGAGCUUUUUCUUAAUUUGGUUAUGGAAUACGUACCGGAGAGCAUGUACAGGGUUUUGAAACAUUACAGCAGUGCAAAUCAAAGAAUGCCGCUUAUAUAUGUUAAACUUUACACAUACCAGAUAUUCAGGGGGCUUGCAUACCUCCACAGUGUUGUCGGAGUUUGCCAUAGGGAUUUGAAGCCUCAAAAUGUUUUGGUUGAUCCUUUGACUCACCAGGUUAAGAUAUGUGAUUUUGGAAGUGCAAAAGUGCUUGUCAAAGGUGAAGCUAACAUUUCAUACAUAUGCUCGCGUUUCUAUCGGGCCCCAGAACUUAUCUUUGGCGCGACAGAAUACACAACCUCAAUUGAUAUCUGGUCAGCUGGUUGUGUUCUAGCUGAACUAUUGCUGGGCCAGCCGUUGUUUCCCGGAGAGAAUGCUGUGGGCCAGCUUGUAGAGAUUAUUAAGGUCCUAGGUACUCCUACUAGGGAAGAAAUUCGCUGUAUGAAUCCCAAUUACACGGAUUUUAGGUUUCCACAGAUGAAAGCGCAUCCGUGGCAUAAGGUUUUUCACAAAAGGAUGCCUCCCGAAGCAAUCGAUCUUACUUCACGACUGUUGCAAUACUCACCUAGUCUUCGCUGUACAGCUCUUGAAGCAUGUGCGCAUCCCUUCUUUGAUGAGCUGCGAGAACCUAAUGCUCGCCUACCAAAUGGUCGACCUUUACCGCCACUCUUUAACUUCAAACAGGAAUUAUCUGGGGCUUCACCGGAGCUGAUUAACAAGUUGAUUCCUGAUCAUGUGAAACGGCAGAUAGGGCUCCAACAUUUCAUGCAUCCAGCCGGAACAUAAAACUUCAAAACUGAUGUAAGACUCAGUAUCUCCUAGUCGACACAGGACACAAAGGAAAGUACUAUCGAUGGAUAACCACCACCGAUCUGAGCCUGUCUCAACGGCACGUAAGUCUCAGGCCAGCCUCUCUUGCUCCUUUAUUCUAUGAAUAUUAGCUGUUUGUGAAAAUGGGUUUGUUAUAUGUACAUGUAAACAUGUUUGAUAGUAAAAGAUGAAGACUUUAAGGUGAAAAAGACCAUAAAAGGGUGCUAGUGGGGGGAAAAGUACCGAUAGAAAUGGCCCAAAGAUAGGCUUUAGAUUGGUUCUUGUGUUUUUUAGUUAUUGUGGUAGCUGACUUCAAAUGGCAGACAAUUUAUUGUUACUGUUAGUGUGCAAAGUAAUAUUAUUACUCUUUUCUAA